CUCAACUUGAGCAUCUCUGUUAAUUAAAUGUCCUUCAAUUAUUAUUACCUUAUAUAAUGCUGAAAUUGGUAUAGUGUAAAAGACAAAAGUUGUCGUUGAUUAUAAGAAAUAAAUCUUCACACUUUGUGAUUCAACUGCAAGAAUGAGACAAGACAUUCAUUGUACUGGAAAACCACACAUUCAUUGUACUAGAAAACCACACAUUAAUUCAUACACAAAACCAAACCAAAACUACCACCAUUCAUUUGUUUCCUUCAAAUUCCAUUUCAUGGAGUUUCAACUUCAAGAUCCAAAAUCACCCAAAACCCUAACCAUGAGCCAUGUGUUAGUGGUUCCAUACCCAUCAAGAGGACACAUAAACCCUAUGAUGAACUUCAGCAAGUUACUUGUCUUUAAUAAUCCCAACAUCCUUGUAACCUUCGUUGUCACACAAGAAUGGCUAACCCUAAUAAACUCCGAACCAAAACCCGAUAGCAUAAGAUUUGAAACCAUCCCUAACGUUGUUGGUGACAAAUUUAUAGAUGUUGUUGAAGCUGUUAUGACUGAAAUGGAAGCACCGUUCGAGCGGUUACUCGAUCAGCUUGUACUUCAGCCGCGGCCGCCAACAUUUAUCAUCUGCGAUAAUUUUCUAUUUUGGGCAGUUCGUGUUGGAAAUCGGAGGAAUAUUCCGGUGGCUGCGUUCUGGACAUCUUCCACGUCGAAGCUGUGGGUGCAAUUUUUCCAUAUUUUCCUACAACGCAAGCAUUUAGAAAAUGGUGAAAAUUUUAUAGAUUAUAUUCCAUCAAAUUCUUGGAUUCAUCUAGCAGAUAUUCCUCUUCUUGAUAAGAACAACCAACAAAUUUUGCAAUGGUCUCUCAAAAGUUGUCAAUGGAUUCUCAAAGCACAAUAUCUAUUACUACCUUCAAUUUAUGAGCUUGAACCUCAGGUAAUUGAUGCCUUAAAAUCAAAGCUCACAAUUCCCAUUUACUCAAUUGGUCCAAACAUACCUUACUUUAAUCUUGGACACAAAUCACAUUCUCUAAAUGGUGUUGCCCAAAGUUACAUUGAUUGGCUAAAUCUCCAACCCGAUGGUUCCGUUUUGUACAUUUCAUAUGGCAGUUAUCUAUCGGUUUCAAGAACACAAAUGGAUGAAAUUGCAGCUGCAUUGCAGGAUAGUGGUGUUCGGUUCUUGUGGGUAGCGCGCGACGAGACUCAUAGAUUGAAACAUAUGUGUGGGAAAAUGGGGUUUGUUGUGACAUGGUGUGACCAAUUGAGGGUAUUGUUACAUCCUUCUAUAGGUGGUUAUUGGACACAUUGUGGUUGGAAUUCAGUUAUUGAAGGUGUUUUUUCUGGGGUUCCUUUUUUAACAUUUCCACUUGUUUUGGAUCAACCACUAAUUAGUAAGAUUAUAGUUGAGGAUUGGAAAAUUGGGUGGAGAGUGAAAAAGGAUGAUAAGUUUGAUACUUUGGUGAGAAGAGAGAAAAUUGUUGUGUUGAUAAAGAAAUUCAUGGAUUUGGAUUUUGAUUUAGGAAGGGAUUUGAGAAAAAGAGCAAAAGAGCUUCAACUUUUAUGUCAGCUAGCAAUGAAGAAAGGUGGAUCAUCAGAAAUCAAUGUUAAAGCAUUUUUGAAGAAUAUAAUGGAGAGUGGUUUGACACAUGAAGCAUCAAAUGGACUACAUGAAGUUCAAGUUGCUAUUGAGAAUUUCAAUUAAAUUAAAUUGUUCUAUUUGUUUUAAGAAGUUAAAUUAGCCCACUCAAAUCGGAGAGAAUCGAACUUAAGAUCUUGAAGAGGGAUAUAUUUUCAGGUCCUAAGUCAAUACCAUCAGACCAAUCCAAAUGGAUUGGCCCGGUGGUAUAAUAAAGGUAGAGUUGUUUGGUUGAUUUCUAUUUCAACAAUAAUUUUUCAUUUCAAUUUUGCUAUAACGGACUCGAAUUCUUUGCAAUCAUCAAA